UAAUAUAGCACUUCUGAAAUAUCAUUUAUUUUGCAGAUGAUGGGAAAGUCAUGGUCUCUAUUUAUCAAGGAAUACAAUCAAAGGCUCUUGAAUUGGUUGGUUGUCUUUUCCCUUGUCAUGGUGGUGGUUGGCCGGUUUAUCAUAAAGUUCAUUUUGAUUGAAAUGGCUGCAUGGAUACUAUUUAUAUUCUUGGAGACAUAUACGAGGAUGUUUCGGUCAGCAGAGUCUCUUUACUACAACCCUGUGUGGCAUUUUGUUGUGGCCACUUGGGAAACUCUUGUCUACAGUCCCAUUCUUGAUUUGGACAGAUGGGCCAUUCCCAUCGGUUGUAUAGUGGCACUAUGGAUGUUUUAUUGGCGGUGUUAUGAAGGAAACAUGGAUCGCGGUGUCUUUUACCUAUGUACUAUGGUCAUAAGGGUGGUUCAAAUAGACCAAUAUCUGAUUAAUGGAGAAGCGUCCGUGCCAUUUGGUAUCCUUUUGAUCAAUCAUCUUGGGCGAACUUUUCCUUUUUUUAACAGAUGAAAGCCUGCCAAUCCAUUUUCUCUACUCAAUAUGUACCCGUAAUCUGAGAUUGUCAAAAGACGUGAAAGAAUAAGAAGAUGAUCAGCCAGUCACUCACGGUAUAUUUUAUUGUACCAUUUUUACACAUUAUUUGAAUCAAUAUAUAAGCUGUUGAUUUGUUUCAAAUGCCAAUUAUUCAAUGGCUUCAGCUUUACACCCCAGUUUGCACAGAACUAUCCCUUGUCAUUUACUUUAUUUUUUUGAGGUAGCCGGUAAAGCAUUAACA